CUCAGUCGAUGGCUGCGGGCUACCGAAUCCAGUUCGAGUGGUACGACCUCGGGGGUGCGGUUCGCCUUAACAGCUCGAGUCGCGUCUUACUUUCGGCCGAAGGCAGCAGGGCUGUGUGCGAGGCGAGCAGCAGCCGACCAUCCUUGAGUGCUUUGGAUGUCCUCACCGCGGUAUCGGUCGUCCUCUGCUUGGCAAGGAUAUGUACUCGCAAGGCAGUCCUCUUCCGCCAGUCGAGGCCGAUAGUGCAGCCAGAGGUCGCGCCGUGCACACCCGAACCCAAGUGUGCAAGACCACCUGUCAUCCACCCGCGACGGUGUCACUCGGCUGUCGCUGACCUAGCUCCAUGUUAUUCGGAGCCUAGAGAAGAGAGGUGUAGUGAAGGAGAGAGGGUAAACGGCGAAGAGGAGACAGAAGACGAAAGAGAGAACCCGGCUGAGUACUGCCUAGGCGGCUACCACCCCGUCAGCUUAGGCGACCUCUACAGCAGUCGCUAUUACGUCAUCAAGAAGUUAGGAUGGGGUCACUUCUCCACUGUCUGGUUCUCAUGGGAUCUCAGAGGAAAAAGAUUCGUUGCUUUAAAGAUAGUGAAAAGUGCCCCACAGUAUACAGAGUCAGCCUUAGAUGAAAUUAAACUCCUGAAUGCUGUCCAGGUGACGGAUAAGCAUGACCCAAAAAGGCAAAGAAUAGUGGAAUUGUUGGACCAUUUUAAAAUUAAUGGUCCAAAUGGUGACCAUAUUUGUAUGGUUUUUGAAGUAAUGGGAGAUAAUUUAUUAAAGCUCAUUAUCGAUAGCAAAUACAGAGGAGUGCCUUUACCAGAUGUUAAAAUUUUAAUUAAGCAGGUACUGGAAGGGUUGUGUUACUUACAUGAGAAAUGUAAAAUCAUACACACCGACAUUAAACCAGAAAAUGUGCUGAUGUGUGUGUCGGAAGAAAAAUUGAUCAAAAUGGCUUCUGAGGCUACUAAAUUGCAAGGUUUGAAAAGCCGCUUACCCUUAUACUUAGGUCACGAAAAACUGUUUAAUUCUGAAGUCGAUAACAUCCAAAAUAUUCACGAUAGAGAAGAUCUGUUAUUUAAUAUCUAUAUGGAAAAUAAUUCGUAUAGACUGACAAGAAGCAAGUCAAGGCUUGAUAUGAAACCUGCUGUGCAGAACUCUUUAACGAAAGAAGAGUCUCUUCAGCUUUUAAAACAAUUUGAAAGCCCUUUAAAAAACGCAGACAGUAAACUACAAGUAAAAAUAGCAGAUCUUGGAAAUAGCUGUUGGGUGGAUCAGCACUUCAGUGAUUCUAUUCAGACAAGACAAUAUAGAAGUCUGGAGGUGAUAAUUGGAGCAGAAUAUGGAGUUCCUGCUGAUAUUUGGAGUUUAGCUUGUAUGGCUUUUGAGCUUGCAACUGGAGACUAUUUAUUUGAACCACAAGCAGGAGAAGAUUACACAAGAGAUGAAGAUCAUUUAGCUCAUAUAAUAGAAUUACUCGGCCCAGUACCAAGAUAUAUUAUUAAUAGUGGAAAGUGGUCAGAGUUCUUUUUUCGUCCAUCAGGUGAAUUAAGAAAUAUUCAUAAUCUUAAGCCAUGGUGCUUAUAUGAAGUAUUAACUGAAAAAUACCAUUGGACAAGACAAGACGCCUUAGCAUUUUCUGCUUUCUUAUCUCCAAUGUUAGCUUUUGACCCAGAGCUAAGAGCCACUGCAGCUGUUUGUUUAAAUCAUGAUUGGUUGAAGUUAUGA